AAUUCUCCACAACUCCCUCCGUUUCCGGACGCUAGGAUCGAGCGCAAGAGCGCACAGCUGCCGCCGAAUUUAAAGAGACAUACAUCAUUUGUUUAAAUAAUACGACCAUUGGAAAAAAUAUAUUUAAAUUGCUCCUGGUUCUCUUCGUGGAUAUCGAUGGGGUCUCGCUGUUGAUCCGCACGCGUUAUGGUGUAGUUUUAGAAGGGACUGAGAAGUCUGAACACACUUGGCUUGAGCUGGAAGUCUAUGCUGGAGUAACUGGGUGGCCGUCCGUAAAGUAGACCGGACUUGUGGGGGGAAGAGAGCUGGGUGGCCCCCCGAUACGAACUGGUUUUAGUACGCCAGAACAAACUGCAAACACGGGGCGACGGUAAAUCAUCGUGGCUUCGGUGGCUGUUGGUGGGGAAGGAAGGAAACGCACCAUGGCGAAAAUUCAGGCUCGCAGCAGCACUGCGAAGCAAAUCAACCAGAUCCAAGACAAGGCCUAUGUGGUUCAGAAGCAAGUCCAGCAGCAGCACUUUCAGAAACUAAAGUACUUUUCGGUGGAGGAUGCCUUAUCUUAUUUGGACCAAGUCAAAAUACGAUUCGGAAAUGAUCCGGGAAUAUACAAUAAGUUUCUGGAUAUCAUGAAAGAGUUUAAGUCUCAAAGCAUUGACACACCAGGAGUUAUUAACAGAGUUUCUCAGCUCUUCCAUGGGCAUCCUGACCUUGUCCUGGGGUUUAAUGCCUUUUUACCGCCUGGUUAUCGGAUCGAAAUUCCCAAGAACGGAAUGGCAUUUCUACAGUCCCCACCGUCUUCACAGCCCACGUGGACUUUCUGGCAGAAGACAAAAGAAGAGGCGGAGCAAGUCUCUCCAGGGCCAGGAAGGAGCACGGGCAGCUCUGUGGUUAGUGCCUCUUCGUCAGCAGUGGCUGAAGCAGGGCCAGCUCCGAAUGAAGCCGUGACCUCUCCGGAGAGCGUCGCUUCAUCAUCUGGACCUCCUGAACAAUCAAGCAGGUUGUCACUUCCUUUGCCCAGCCGAGAGAGCCAAUCACAGCCAGCCCCCACUUCGGUAUCCCCUCCGACAUCAGAGCCCAGCCCUGUAGAGUUUGACAGCGCCAUCAGUUACGUCAAUAAGAUCAAAAACCGAUUUUUGGACAACCCAGAAACCUACCGGGCCUUUUUGGAAAUUCUGCAUACAUACCAGAAGGAGCAGCUGGAGGUGAAGGAGAGCAGAGGGCGAAGCACUGGAGGAAUGACCGAAGAUGAGGUUUUCUCUAAAGUGGCUAGCCUUUUCAAAGGUCAAGAGGAUCUGCUUGCGGAGUUUGGCCAGUUUUUGCCUGAUGCAAAGAGAUCUCUGUUUACUGGAGGUUCUUUGCCUGGCAAAGACAAUCUGAAGAAAGUAGAGGAUGAGGAAAUGAAUAAACCGAGCAAGAAGAGGCCUAGACCCAUGUUAUUGCCCCACAUGACCCCACUUCUGAAGAAAAAAAUGAAAUAUUCCUGUUCCAAGGACCCAUCUUUUGCCUCUGUCGGAAAGCAUGGAGUUUUACGGGAAUUCACAUUCUUUGACAAGGUUCGCCGUCUGCUUAAGAGUCAGGAGGUGUACGAGAAUUUCUUACGCUGCAUAGCUCUGUUCAAUCAGGAAGUGGUUUCAGGGGCCGAACUCCUGCAACUUGUGACUCCAUUCUUGGGGAAGUUUCCAGAACUGUACACCCAGUUUAAGUCAUUUUUGGGUGAUAAAGAGCUGUCUCAUGCCAUCACUGGCCUCUCUGACCGCUACAUGGAGGGUGGAGGCAGAGAAGUGGAUUACGCCUCCUGUAAACGCCUGGGUUCCAGCUACAGAGCCCUGCCCAAGACCUACCAGCAGCCAAAAUGCAGUGGCCGAACUGCUAUAUGCAAAGAGGUGCUGAAUGAUACCUGGGUCUCAUUUCCUUCCUGGUCAGAAGAUUCCACUUUUGUGAGUUCCAAGAAAACACCAUAUGAAGAGCAGCUUCAUCGCUGUGAGGAUGAGAGGUUUGAGCUGGAUGUUGUGCUUGAGACGAAUUUGGCAACGAUAAGAGUCUUGGAAAGUGUGCAAAAGAAAUUAUCCCGCCUUUCGCCGGAGGAUCAAGAGCGCUUCCGAUUGGAUGACUGUCUGGGUGGAACUUCUGAGGUCAUCCAGCGGCGUGCGAUCUAUCGUAUCUAUGGCGACAAGGCUCCGGAGAUCAUAGAGGGGUUGAAGAGGAGUCCAGCCUCUGCAGUUCCUGUCGUACUCAAAAGAUUAAAAGCCAAAGAGGAGGAGUGGAGGGAGGCCCAGCAGAGCUUCAACAAAAUCUGGAGAGAGCAAUAUGAGAAGGCAUAUCUGAAAUCACUGGACCACCAGGGUGUCAACUUCAAACAGAACGACAUGAAGGCUCUCCGAUCCAAGAGUCUUCUUAAUGAAAUAGAGAGCAUCUAUGAUGAGCGACAGGAGCAGAGCACAGAAGAGGGUGGCAUGGGCCAGCAAGGUCGUGACGGCUCGGGCACAGGUUCGACCAGCGAACCCCACAUGAUCUUCACUUACGAAGACAAACAGAUCCUGGAGGACGCUGCCUCCCUCAUCAUCUACCAUGUCAAGCGGCAGCCCACCAUCCACAAGGAUGACAAGGACCACAUCAAGCGUAUCAUCCAGCACUUUGUCCCCGACCUCUUUUUCGCCCGUCGUGGAGAGCUUAGUGAGACAGAAGAGUUCACGGAUGAGGAGGCCGAAGGUGAGGACGGUGCCGUCACAGGAGGCGGAGUCUCAACAACAGGUGGCCAGCAACAACUGAAUGGCGAUUUCAGACGAAGACGAUGCACUUACCCUCAGAGCAUGGAUACCUCUAUGGCCGCUCAUGGCAUGAAUCCAGAAGGGGAGGCGGUGGACCUGCGGGACCCAGAGGCUGAGCACCAGAAGGAGCUGGAUGGAGUCUACAACCUGUACUUCGUCAAUAAUAACUGGUACUUCUUCCUACGGCUGCACCAGACUCUGUGCUCACGGCUGCUGAGGGUUUACAGGCAGGCUGAGAGACAGUUACUGGAACACAGGGCGGAGCAGAAUCGGGAACGGCUGCUCAUAGGAGAGGGGCGCAGAGAAAAGGCAAACGACCUGGCCAUGGAGCUGCGUCUAAAACAACCCAGUGAGGUGGAGUUAGAGGAAUAUUACCCAGCAUUCUUAGACAUGGUACGCAGUCUACUAGAUGGAAACCUGGAUGCCACACAGUACGAGGACACCUUGAGAGAGAUGUUCACCAUCCAUGCUUACAUCGGAUUUACCAUCGACAAGCUUGUUCAGAACAUCGUAAGACAGCUUCAGUACUUAGUCAGUGAUGAAGUGUGUCUGCAAGUCACUGAGCUGUACCUGGCCGAGAGGAAGAGGGGUGCCGCUGGUGGAAAUCUCUCAUCCCAGUGUGUCCGUGCUGCUUGGGAAGCCAGCUACCAAUGGAAGGCUGAGAGAGUCAUGGCUGAAGAAAACUGCUUCAAGGUCAUGUUCAUUCAAAACAAAGGUCAGGUGACCUUAACCAUUGAUUUGCUGGACACGGAGGAGGCCCAAGGCGAUGACCCACUGGAUGUUCAGAACCUGUCUAAUUAUAUGGAGCAGUAUAUAGGAACUGAGUCUGUGUGUUCUCAGACAGAAGGAUACUACUUCAAGCCUGUGUUUCUACCUAGGAAUUUGAGGCAUUUCCGUGGCUGGCAGCUCAAGCAGGUGGAAGCCAUGCGCUGCCGGAGAGAGUGGCAUCGGAAGAUGGGUGUGGAGACAGCCGGGAACCUGGACUGCCGUUUCAAACUCAACACACACAAGAUGGUGUUUGUGAUGAACUCCGAAGACUACAUGUACCGCCGAGGGGCCCUGGUGAAGGCUCGGAAGUCCCAGCACAGAGUAGCACAGGCCCAGCACGAGCACUUUGAGCAGUGGCACCGCGGCUGGUUGAGCGAGCACGUGUCCCCUGCCGCAGAGCGCAGCGUGCAGGACUGGCUCAUGGGAGAAGAGGAUGAGGACAUGAUCCCCUGCAAGACCACCCGUGUAUCCAUGCAGGUCAAAGGCUUACAUGUCAACAGGUACAAGGUGCACUACAACAGCAAGGCCCCCGCUUCACCGUAACAACCUCAAGCCUUGGGAUGGAUUUCUGUGAUCUCUCUCUCUCUCUCUCUCUCUCUCUCUGUUUUCUCUCUUUGUCUCUUUCUCGCUCACUCUUUCAAAUGUCCAAGCGUAAACAUGCUUGGCUGAAACACGGCGAACAGACAGGAGUGGUUUGAGGACAGACAGCUGCUCAAAAGAGGGAGUGCUUCACUGAAAAGCAUCUCGACACUAGUGUCCAUCAUGAUCGAUGCAGUUACCAGACGUUUCAGAAAUGUGAAUGUUCUUUUUUUUUUUUAAGAAGAAGAAAGAAAGUCCAUUGUAGUUUUAGCUCCUGGAACCAGAGUUUUUUUGUUUUGUUUAUACUGAAGUAUUGAGAGACCAGGUUUAAAGUAUGUCUAUAACAUCUGUAUGUCUUUUUGUACAGUAAAUUCAAUUCAAGAGCUCGAGCGAUUGCAUAUAUACAGCAGGAAGAUUAUUCUGUGUGCAUAUGAAUGCUAUGAAUGAUGACUUGGAAAAAUGAUGUUUCUCUGGCGCACUGGCAUCUUAUCCGUAACGUCCUUGUUUUAGUUCUGUUUUGUGUUCUUCGUUUUCAUCGUCUCUUAUAACUGAACAGAGGAUCGCCAGUGUUGUCCGUCAAUCACUGCUCAUGAUUUUGUUAACCACCCAGAUCAUGUAUCCUAUCGAUCUCGCCAAAUCUUUGCUUUUGUUUGGUGUAAUUUUUACAUAUUAAAACAGAAAAAAAUGACAAAAUAUCAGUGUUUUGAAAAAAGAAUGUAUAACAUUUAUCCUGUAUCAGUUAUCACGAAAUAAACAACCUAGUUGUGCAGUUCUUAA